UGUUGUCGUCUGAGUGAGUCACGCCUCCUUGCCGUAUUGAUUGAGAUUUAGUUGCAGACACUGCAUUAAUUCGAUCAUUGGAAAAGUUUUGAAACUCAUGUCACAACACCAGGAACCGGAUUUCCACGGAUAUUAACUUCUGUAUUGGUUAUCAGCAAACAUGCCUAUCGAGUACAGUUGUAUUUCCAGAGGGACAGUUGUCCUCUGUAGUCGACAGAAUGGCAUUGGUAGUUUUGAAAGUACAGUUGACUCUAUACUUCCGAAUAUAUCAACCAGCACAGAUGGCAAAAAUACCUACACAUCAAAUGAUUAUGCAUUUCAUUGUGUGGUAGACAGAGGUCUUAUAUAUAUGUGUGCUGCAUCACCAGAUUUUGGAAAACAACAACCUUACGCAUAUCUAGCAGAGGUCAAGAAAAGGUUCCAAAGUGGUCCACUUGCAAAGCAGGCCUCAACAGCAGAAUCACAUGACAUGGACGGUGACUUUGGCUUCAUCAUGUCACAGCAAAUGGAGAAGUACUCGAAGCCUGGAGCUGGAAACACUGGGGUGGUGAAGCUUCAGACACAGGUGGAUGAGGUGAAGGGAGUGAUGUCCCAGAACAUUGAGAAGGUUCUGGAGAGAGGGGACAGACUUGAUGACCUCAUGGACAAGACAGAGGAGCUUGAAGCCAGUUCGGCCUCGUUCCAGAAGACGGCCCGUCGGAUUCAGAAGAAGUACUGGUGGAAGAACACCAAGAUGACACUAAUCCUCAUCGCAGUCGUCAUUGUCAUCAUCAUCAUCAUCGUGGUGGCAGUGUUGGCAUCCACUGGCGCCUUCAAAAGCGGGGGUGGAUCAACAACAACAGCAGCCCCUGCUGUUGUCACAUCACCUUCAUCAUCUUGAGGAACUGUCCUCCAUCAUCUAAAGUAGUACAGACUUAGGUCUGUCGAAUGCCAUGGUAACAUACAUUGAUGUUCUUGUGAGGUAUCUCAUGGUCACACUUUUGUUACUCUGACUCUGGUCACAAUCUUUAAAUUUGGAGAACAAAUAUAUAUUUUGAAUUGUUGAUAUUUCAUACAUAUUUUUCCUGAUGAUCUAUCUAUUUGAUGAAUAAUCCAUAUAUAUAAUAGCUGCACAUUAUGAAAACUUAUACAGCCAGCUACAGCCAAUCAAAGGUUAAUCAUGUCUAGUGUUUUAAUGUAAAAGUCUAAAUUGAAAAUGAUAAGUGAAGAGUUGGUUUUAUGAUAUUACAUGUCGGUGCAUAUGCUCCACUGUCAGUGUUUAUAUAAUGAAAUGCAACUAUUAGUUUAUAUUCAAGUAAUACCAUUGGUUGUUGAGGCUAAACCUUUACUGGACCCAUUGUCUGUGUGUAUGCUGGGAAAUAAGUGUUAUUUAUACACUGAGGCAAGGUGAAGGGACUUUAAGCCUCAUUGUAUCAAGACUGUCCAGUAGAACAACACACUGCUACAGAUGGAAGGGAUAUCCUGAUUGUGGGACAUGAAUUUGUGUGAUUGGUUGGUUGGAGAUUGCGUCAUACAAACAGUAUCCCACAUUGCCAUAAAAAUGGAACAUGUCCAGCUUUAGUUGAGGUUAAUAAAAGUAAGAAAUCUAUUCAAGAAAUACAGUUGUUGCCUUCUGGUUGAGUGGCAACAUAAAAUGUUGUGUAAGCACCUAUAAAAAUAUUGAAUAUUGAAUCCAAGCUCCCCCACCCACCCCCA